AUGCGUAUAGCUGAGGCUAUUGGCCUACCAAUAAGAGUGGAUAGGGCAACUGAGCUGGGGGCGAGAGGGAAGUUUGGACGAGUUUGCGUGGAGGUUGACCUAACUCGGUCAUUGCUGUCGCAGUAUAAAAUUGAAGGGGUUACUUACCUGAUCCAAUAUGAAGGUUUGGAUAAGGUGUGCAUCGACUGUGGGACGUAUGGAAAGGCUACAGAAGCUUGCUCUUGCCGUGAUAUGACCCAGGGAACUUGCAAUGCUGAAGAAGAGAUACCCAGCGAACCAAUUCCGGACCCGACAAUGGGACGAACGUUCGGAGAAUGGAUGCUUGUGAAGAGGAGGGAAUGGAAGCCGGUUCGACGGGAAGAGACGAGGAGGAAGACCUCGAUGGCUGCUGAUAAUACGAAUCGCUUCCAAGCACUCCAUGUUACUGAUAUUGAAGUCGACACGGUGGCCAUAGAUGAAAAUGAGACAGAAGGAAAGGGGACUGAGGCAACACAGGAGUCAGUGGGGGAGGAUGUAGCACGAAGUGGAAAAAAGGGAAGUGAUGGAAAGGUAAAAUAUAUGGUGGGAGGAGAAUUAAUGGGGAGUGGCAAUGUGAAGAAGGGUACAGCAGAGGAGUCGCCAGUUCUGGAAGGAAAGGGCAGUAAUAAAAAUCAAGGAAAGAAUCAGAAAGUGGUGGGAUUAGAAAAGGAUACGGGAAAGUCAAAACCAUCGGGGGAGAAAGUUGUUAACCCAGGAAAGAGCCCGGGAGCUACAACGGGAUCAAACAAAACUUCAAAAGGUUUAAAAGUGACAAACAAAGCUGAGGGUGCGGGGAACCCAUCCCCUUUGGUAACCAAAUGA